AUGCAGGAACAUAGUCGCUCAGAUCUGUCGUCCGCAGUCACGCGGACCGCUUCCAGGGCCUCCGGUUAUGGACAGUUCGAUCCUUCGAUCGAUCCUACAGAUCUCCCUUACCGCCAAGUCACCAAUGAUGCGGACCUCGAGGAAUACAUCCGGGAAACCGUUACGGGUGAAAUCGUCAGGCCCGUCAAGUCUUCCGCGACGGGGAAGAUCGAAGACUAUAAACUGGUGACAUUUACGAUCGAUGAUCCUGAGAACCCAAAGAACUGGUCCAAGGCCAUGAAGUGGUACUGCACCAUGGUGGUCGCCUUCACGUGCUUCGUCGUUGCCUUUGCCAGCAGUGUCAUCACGGCCGAUAUUGAAGGCCCAUCGAAGACUUUUGGUGUGUCUCGUGAAGUCAGUUUGCUUGCAGUGACCGUCUUUGUCGUGGGCUUUGGUGUGGGCCCCAUGGCCUUUGCACCCCUAUCUGAAAUCGUUGGCAGAAGGCUCAUAUAUGGCAGCACUCUCCUACUGGCUGUGGUUUUCGUCAUCCCCUGUGCUGUGUCCAAGAAUAUUGGAACACUGAUCGUUUGCCGUGCCAUCGAUGGAAUCGCUUUCAGUGCUCCCAUGACGCUAGUCGGCGGUACCCUGGCUGAUCUCUGGAAAAAUGAAGAGCGCGGUGUUCCCAUGGCUGCCUUCUCUGCCAGUCCAUUCUUGGGCCCAGCUAUCGGUCCAUUGGCUGGUGGCUUUCUUGCUGAUGCAACCAACUGGAGAUGGCUCUACUGGCUCCAGCUGAUCCUGGCCUUUGUGGCUUGGGUUCUGAUUACCUUCACCGUCCCCGAGACCUACGCGCCCACCAUCCUGAAGAGACGAGCCGCGAAGCUGCGCAAGACACAAAACGACGACAAAUAUGUCACCGAGAUCGAGCUCGACGCUCGCCCUAUGGCUGAGCGACUGCGCAUCUUCCUCUUCCGUCCCUUCCAGCUUCUGUUCCGCGAGCCCAUUGUGCUCUUCAUCUCUCUUUACAUGUCCAUCUUGUACGGUCUGCUGUACAUGUUCUUCGUCGCCUACCCGAUCGUGUACCAGGGUGGAAAGGGCUGGAACGCGGGAUCCACCGGUCUGAUGUUCAUUCCUUUGGCGAUCGGUGUGGUCAUGAGUGCUGCUUGCUCUCCCUUCGUCAACAAGCACUAUCUGUCGCUGUAUACCAAGUACAGUGGAAAGCCUCCGGCGGAAGUCCGUCUGAUUCCGAUGAUGUUUUCCUGCUGGUUUAUCCCCAUUGGUCUAUUCAUCUUCGCCUGGACCUCCUACCCUAGCAUCCACUGGAUUGGUCCUGCAAUCGGUGGCUGGCCUGUCGGGUUCGGCUUCAUCUUCCUGUACAACUCGGCUAACAACUACCUUGUUGAUACGUAUCAGCACCAAGCUGCGUCCGCUCUCGCCGCCAAGACCUUCAUUCGUUCUCUGUGGGGUGCGGCCACCGUCCUGUUCACUGAGCAGAUGUACGCCCGCAUGGGUGACCAGUGGGCUAGUUCCUUCCUGGCAUUCCUCGCCCUGGCGUGCUGCGCUAUCCCUUACGUCUUCUACUUUAAGGGUGCGUCGAUUCGUCGUUACUCGAAGUACGCGUUCGCGGAUCCCGACGAGGAGAACCGGGCCGUCAAGGCCUAA